CGCCCACCGGCCGUGCGUCCGUGCGUCGUCUCUAUGGUGGCGGCGGAUUCGGAGGGAUCGUGCGCUCCUGAGCACAGAAUGUUCCGCCGGCAGCGCUCCAUCCCCCUCCGAGGCUCUGCCGCUGCUCUGUGCAACAACCUCAGUGUGCUGCAUCUGCCAGCCAGCAACCUCACGCAUUUUGGGGUGGUUCAUGGACCAAGCGCCCAGCUUCUCAGCGCCGCUCCUGAAGGUGUGCCCUUGGCCCAGCGCCAGCUCCACGUAAAAGAGGGUGCUGGAAUGAGCCCCUCACUUAUUACACAGGUCGACUGGUGUGUCCUGCCCUUCCGAGUACUACUUGUCCUCACCUCACAUCGCUCCAUCCAGAUGUACGAGUCUGAUGGCUCCAUCAUGGUCUAUUGGCAUGCCCUGGACUCUGGAGAUCCCUCUUCAGUACAGGCUGCCUUUGCCCAAGGAAUUGCUGCUUAUGACCACUUCAUCUUUGUGGGAACAUGGUCGGGUCGGGUACUGGUGUUUGACAUCCCAACCAAGGGUCCCAACAUUGUACUGAGAGAGGAGCUGGUUGGGCACCAGACGCCAGUUACAAGUAUUUCCACUGAGCCUUCCAAGAGACAGGAUAUUGUGGCUGACUUGGUGACAGCAGAUGACUCGGGCUUGCUGUGUGUCUGGCAGUUAGGAUCUGAAUUCACAUUGCUCACCUGCAUUCCAGGUUUUGGGGUCCCCUGCCUCUCUGUGCAGCUGUGGGAGGGGAUCGUGGCAGCAGGCUAUGGGAAUGGGCAAGUGCGUCUCUAUGAUGCUACUACAGGAGCUCUCCACAUCCAGAUCAACGCCCAUGCCCGAGCCGUCUGUGCCCUGGACCUAGCUCCAGAGGUGGGCAAGCUACUUUCUGCUGCUGAGGACACGUUUGUGCACAUCUGGAAGCUGAGCAGAAGUCCAGAGAGUGGCUCCAUUGAGGUGGAACAUUGUCAUGGCGAGUGUAUUCCUGAUACCCAGGUGUGUGGUGCUCGGUUCUGUGAUGUAUCAGGAAGCUCCUUUGCUGUGACAGGUUACGACCUUGCUGAGAUCCAGAUAUUCAGCAGUGUAUGAGAGAAGAGCAUCCUUUCCUUCUCCCUGUGGUAUUUAUAAACCUACCCUCCCUCCA